AUGGAGGAGACAGUGGUGCAGCCCUCAGUGUUCGUGGUGGGUGGACAGAUGGACAUCCCAUUCAGGAGGCUGGAGAGCAAAGCCCGGAGACAGCCCUGCAGUGCCGCCAAGUUGAGUCUGGGCCUCCUGCUGCUGAUGAUGGUGGCUGGGCUGAUGGUGCAGGGCUGGUUUCUGCUCCAGCUGCACUGGCGCGUGGGGAAAAUGGUCACUCCACUGCAGGAGCAAGGUGCAGGAUCCUUGAAGAAGCUGGUACAAGGGCGGAAGUCCCGCCAGGCCAAUCCAGCAGCACAUCUCACAGGGGCCAACUCCAGCUUGACCAGCAGAGGGGGCCCGCUGCUCUGGGAGACAAAGCUGGGCCUGGCUUUCUUGAGGAACUUCCACUACCGUGAUGGUGCCCUAGUGGUUGCGCGAGCUGGCUACUAUUACAUCUACUCCAAGGUGCAGCUGGGUGGUGUGGGCUGCCCGCAGGGGCUGACCAACGGCCUGCCCAUCACCCACGGCCUCUACAAGCGCACGCCUCGCUAUCCAGAGGAGCUGGAGCUGCUGGUCAGCCGGCGGUCGCCCUGUGCGCGAGGGACCAGCACCCGCAUCUGGUGGGACAGCAGCUUUCUGGGUGGCGUGGUUCACCUUGAUGCUGGGGAGGAGGUGGUCGUCCGUAUGCCAGAGGAGCGCCUGAUCCGACUUCGUGAUGGCACCCGGUCCUACUUCGGGGCUUUCAUGGUGUGAAGGAAGUCGUGAUGGUGGAUUGGAUGGGGGCCUGACCACAGAGGUUCAGGAGACAGAAAACCUGACUUUGGAGGAUAUCCCAGGAACCCUAAAACUCGGCAGCUUGGGAGUCAUCAGGCACCACCAGGGGCCAAAAACUCAGCCACCCUUAGAGGUUGGAGAGGACCAAGAGAAAUUGCACACCCUGCCACAGACAAUGCUGGAAACAAAGACCCACAGACUUGGGGUCUGGAGGCCUCCAAACGGGAUAAAGCUAACCUGCCUGAUAUUUAGGAAGGAGGGUGGGGUGAGUAUGCUUCUGAUUCUGAGGAAAGUGGGACUUGGGGGUCCAGGGACUUGACUGAGAACAGGAAACCUCACUUUCCCCACCCUCACAAAUGUGGGCGGAGGUGGGGGGAAUUUAUCAUCCAGACUCAUCUAUGUGGAGAGCCCAGCCCCACUCACAGUCACAGUCACACUCAAGUUCUACCCACAGGCUUGUGGCCACACCUCAGCCUGGUCACCCAGUUACACUAAAAGACACAGGCACAGGGAUGUAUUGGUAAAUGUUUAAGAACCAGCUCUUCUGAGAGGAGAGAGCCUUCCUAGCAUUUGCCCAUUUCCAUGGUGUAAAUGCUCCCACCAUGGCUGGUUUCUGGCUACUGAAAUAUUAUCAGUCUCUGGCUGUAUCCAGGCACUGCUAAGCAGUCACAUCUCGCUAGGACACCACAGCUAUGCUCCAGUGCCCAGGCCAGGCUUGACACACAAUGGGCACUCAGAAAAUAUUUGAAGAAAGAAGGGAGGAAGGGAAGGAAGAGAGAGAGAGAAAGAACAGAAACCUAUAAAAUCACAGCUCCACAGACUCGAGGACACAAAGCAUCAGAUUCUCACACAAUCGCAUUCAAGGCAUUGCAAACACUUAGUCACUGACACUGAAUGAUAACCACAUACAAUAUAACACAAGUCAUCAUCACAACUCCCGGCACCUACAUGAGCCAUACAGUCACACACAUGAUCAUCACAUCCGUCUUCCACAUGCCACCUCACAGUCAGACUCAUCACAUAUAAACAUCAUGAUGACAAACACAUCACACACAUACACACACACACACACACACAGCCUGUAGUUCCUCUCAGCCAAGACAAACACUUCUUGGGUUGAGGAUCAGACUUUGUCUAUAACCCCUGAGCCCCUGACCACUGGUCUUGGAAUAAAUGGCAAAUGUUGUAUCUGGGUCUGUCUAGUCUUAAGGCAAGCAUUGCUUGUAGAGACAGAGGAAUAGAUGGAAUGAUGCAUAGAGGUCACUUUAUGGAUAAGUGCCUUGGUCUGCCUUCCCCUCAAAUCCACAAUUCCUGAGGAAGUGGAGGCUACAUCCUGCCCAGCACCCUUAUUGCAGACAUCUGGUACAGAGUAGCAGUCUGGAAGCUCAGUAUGAUUGGAAUCAUGGGAAGAUUGUGGGGGGAAGGGAACUAAUAAUAUGCAUACAGAUGAUCUGUGCAAAUGAACAUAUACUUGGGUGUGGCUGGAGAGAAAUCUUACUUCCAAGGACCCUAGGAUGAGGACUCAGACCCCAGA